GGCAGGUUGUCAGUCUCAGUAGUAAAGGCAGAGCUGCGUGCAGUGAUCCCCGGCUUUUGUUUCAACAGCUGAACGGUCACGUCGUCGUUCAACGCAAAAUGAAGCGAGUUUGGUUGAUAGGUCUUCUUUUUGCGCUCUUAGCCUUUGCUGCUGUAAAGGCAGAAGAUGAACUUGAUGUGGAUGGGACAGUAGAGGAGGACCUGGGUAAAAGCAGGGAUGGCUCCAGAACAGAUGAUGAGGUGGUGCAGAGAGAGGAGGAGGCUGUCCAGCUGGAUGGGUUGAAUGCAGCUCAGAUUAAGGAACUUAGAGAAAAGUCAGAAAAACAUGCCUUCCAGGCUGAAGUCAACCGUAUGAUGAAGCUGAUCAUCAACUCCCUCUACAAGAACAAGGAGAUCUUCCUUAGGGAGCUGAUUUCCAAUGCCUCUGAUGCUCUGGAUAAGAUCCGCUUGCUGUCUCUAACCAAUGAAGAUGCACUGGCCUCCAAUGAAGAGCUGACCAUCAAAAUAAAAUCUGAUAAGGAGAAGAACAUGCUCCACAUCACUGACACUGGUAUUGGAAUGACCAAAGAGGAGUUGGUGAAGAACUUGGGCACCAUCGCCAAGUCCGGCACCAGCGAGUUCCUCAACAAGAUGACAGAGAUGCAGUCUGAGGGACAGUCUACUUCAGAGCUGAUUGGCCAGUUUGGCGUGGGUUUCUACUCUGCUUUCCUCGUCGCUGACAAAGUCAUUGUGACGUCAAAGCACAACAAUGACACCCAGCACAUCUGGGAGUCAGACUCCAAUCAGUUCUCCGUCAUUGAGGACCCCCGCGGGACCACACUGGGCAGAGGAACCACCAUCACACUGGUCCUGAAAGAGGAGGCCUCAGACUAUCUGGAGCUGGAGACCAUCAAGAAUCUCGUCAAGAAAUACUCUCAGUUCAUCAACUUCCCCAUCUAUGUUUGGGCCAGCAAGACUGAGACAGUUGAGGAGCCCAUUGAGGAAGAUGCUGAGGCAGCAGAGGAACCAGAGAAAGAGGCUGCUGAAGACGAGGCUGAGGUAGAAGAGGAGGAGGAGGACAAAGACAAGCCAAAGACAAAGAAGGUUGAGAAGACUGUGUGGGACUGGGAACUGAUGAAUGAUAUCAAGCCCAUCUGGCAGAGACCAGCUAAGGAGGUUGAGGAGGAUGAGUACAAGGCUUUCUACAAGACAUUCUCCAAGGACAGCGACGACCCUCUGUCCCACAUCCACUUCACAGCUGAGGGUGAGGUUACCUUCAAGUCCAUCCUCUUUGUGCCCAGUUCAGCUCCCCGUGGCCUGUUUGACGAGUACGGCUCCAAGAAGAAUGACUACAUCAAGCUGUUUGUCAGGAGAGUUUUCAUCACGGACGACUUCAACGACAUGAUGCCCAAGUACCUGAACUUCAUCAAGGGAGUGGUUGACUCUGAUGACCUCCCACUGAAUGUGUCCAGAGAGACUCUGCAGCAGCACAAACUUCUCAAGGUUAUCCGUAAGAAGCUGGUGCGUAAGACUUUGGACAUGAUCAAGAAGAUCGCGGAGGAACAGUACAAUGAUAAGUUCUGGAAAGAGUUUGGAACCAACAUCAAGUUGGGUGUCAUUGAGGAUCACUCCAACAGGACCCGUCUGGCCAAGCUGCUGCGCUUCCAGACCUCCAACAGCGAAACCACCCUGUCCAGCCUGGAGCAGUAUGUGGAACGCAUGAAGGAGAAGCAGGACAAGAUCUACUUCAUGGCUGGUACCAGCAGGAAGGAGGCUGAGUCUUCUCCCUUCGUUGAGAGGCUGCUGAAGAAGGGCUACGAGGUGAUCUACCUGACAGAGCCUGUGGAUGAGUACUGCGUCCAGGCACUGCCCGAGUUUGACGGAAAACGUUUCCAGAACGUGGCGAAGGAGGGUGUCAAAUUUGAUGAGAGCGACAAGGCCAAGGAGAAGAGGGAGGCCCUGGAGAAAGAGUAUGAACCCCUCACCACCUGGCUGAAGGACAAGGCCCUGAAGGACAAGAUUGAGAAGGCCAUCCUCUCCCAGAGGCUCACCAACUCACCCUGUGCUCUGGUUGCCAGCCAGUAUGGCUGGUCAGGAAACAUGGAGAGGAUCAUGAAGGCACAGGCUUACCAGACAGGAAAAGACAUUUCCACGAAUUAUUAUGCCAGCCAGAAGAAAACGUUAGAAAUCAACCCUAAACAUCCUCUUAUCAAGCAGAUGCUUGCAAAAGUCAAUACUGACGCUGAGGACCAGACUGCUUCAGAUCUGGCCGUGGUUCUGUUUGAGACGGCCACUCUGCGCUCGGGCUACCAACUGACUGACACAAAGGCUUAUGGAGACAGGAUAGAGCGCAUGCUCCGACUCAGUAUGAAUGUACCCCUGGAUGAACAGAUUGACGAAGAACCAGAGGAGGAGCCAGAAGAGCCAGCAGAGGACGACUCUGAAGAUAAUGAAAUUGUAGAUGAGGAAGAUGAUGAAGAAACGCCAAAAACAGACAAAGAUGAACUGUGAAGCACUGAAUGGAAGAGCAUGUAACAAUGGAGCUGGAAAUGGGAUUUGACUCUUGUUUCAGCGCCAUCGUGGUCGACGUUAUCCUGGGUGGGGGUCCCUGGGUUGGGUUUUUUAAGGCGAGUUGUUUUUUUUUUUGUUCUUGUUUUUUUUUUUUUAUUACAUUCCUCAUGACUGUAAAUUUGUUAAUAUUUAACUGACUUGUUUAUGGAAAGAUGCGAU